UCAUGAGUAUGUGACCGUGUUCUUCUGAGCGCGUGUGUGUGUGCGCGCGCACGUAAGUAGGUGUGUGCAUUAUGAAGGUAUGACUGUGCGCAUGUGUGUUUUGUUGUGUGUGUGUGAAAGUUUGUGAGCGUGUGUCCGCGCGUGUGUGAAUGUGAGUCGAUGCGUGUGCAUGUGACUUUGUGUGCACAAAAGGUUGCGUGUGUAUCAGUGUAUGUGACUGUGAGAAUGUGUUUUUGUGCACGUGCGUGUAUUGUGUGUGAGUGUGCGAAGUUUGUAUAUGCACGUAAGCGUGUGUGUGUGUGUGUGUGUGUGUGUGUCUAUAUUUAGUGACGAGUGAAGUGCGGUCGAGGCUUCUUUGGUGUCACCCUUUUUCAGUUGGCCCUUUUCGUCCACCUCGGACCUUCGACAAGUUUGACUCGAGAGCCGCCGAGCUCCGCCGGCACCCGACCUCCUUCGUCCUCGUCUUCCGCCACGUCUCCUCCUUCGAGCCCGGCCGACUUUUCUGCGCGUGGGUCUCCGCUCUGCUGACCUUUGCUACAGAGGGGCCAUGUUGCCACCAGGGCGCCACUGAGCCAAAAUGGCCUCCGACUGCUACGGCCCUGAUGACGUCGCGGGGGGGCCAGGCUGCGCUCCCCUGGACAUUGACAAUGUUCUCAUGCUGCUGCAGGUGGAGCAGGAGCAGAUCCAGAAAAGGACUUUCACCAACUGGGUCAAUGCCCAGCUGGCAAAGAGGAGACCUCCGUGCCAGGUGGCGGAUCUCUUCAACGACUUCCGUGAUGGAUCCAAACUGUUGGACCUGCUGGAGGUGAUGAGCAACCAAUGCAUCCGUCGCGAGCGAGGAAGGGGGACGUUCCAGGACAGGAGCAACAUCGAGAAAGGCCUGGCCUUCCUCCGACAGAAAUCCAUCAAACUGGUCAACAUAAACAUUCCCGACAUCAUCGAUGGAAAACCGUCCAUCGUCCUGGGCCUCAUCUGGACCAUCAUCCUGCAGUAUCACAUCGAGGAGUUGGCCAGCGGACUUUCCUUCAGCUCUCGUCAAUCGUCCAUGGAGUCUCUGGCCAGUCUGGACUCUUGGUCGUCGUGGUCUUCGCGGACGGGCGGCGGCAGUCUGGUCCCCCGUCGAGGAUCGCCGCUCCACGCCCGCUUCAGGCUGUCGGCCAAGAAGGCGCUGAUGCUGUGGGUCCGCGAGCAGUGCCACAAGGCGGGAUGUUCGGUGAACGUGAAGGACUUCAAGGGCAGCUGGCGCAGCGGUGUGGUCUUCCUGGCCAUCUUGUACGCGCUGCGCUGCAACCUGGUGGACCUGUCCGAGGCCGCUCGCAGAAGCAACAAGCAGAACCUGGACGAGGCUUUCCGAGUAGCCGAGCGAGAGCUCAACAUCCCGCGGCUGCUGGAGCCCGACGAUGUGGACGUCCGGGAGCCCGACGAGAAGUCCAUCAUGACCUACGUGGCGCAGUUCCUGCAGUACUCCAAAGAUGCGCCCGUCUCCGAGGACGACGCCAUGCAGACCCAGUACCUGAGUCUUCCGAAAGCAGCUUCCCCCGUCAACCUGCCCGUUCACUACACUCCUGCAAUUUCUGCUUCGCCGCUGCGGCAGGGGAGCCCUGACCGUAAGGCGCAGGAAGUGUCGUGUUGGCUUCUGCAGGCGUACGAGGAGCUGCUGGAGGGCUGGGACUCCACCCAGGGCGAGAGCUACUCUGAGAGAUACCACGUGUUUCAGACGUUUGUGGUGUCCUUCAACGAGCAACGGCGUCCAAUCGUGCCUCUUCUGACCGCCAUGAGACGAAGCCCCACGCUGAGUGAGGAGCAGCGAGCCCUCAGGGAGGCCUGGGACGCCCUCACAGAAAAGCUCCGUGAGUACAAACUGGAGUUGGACGUGAGCCUGCCAGCGCCUCUGGACUCGGUGGCGCACUGGCUGCUAAGAACGGAAGGAGUUCUGUCUGAGGAGGAGGGCGACCCGCAGGACCACAGCUGGGCUGCAGAUCAAGCCAAGGAGAAACAGGAGCAACUCAAGGUGUGCAUAGAGGAGAUGCCCCAGCAGGUGAAGACCUUCCAGGCCUUCCAAAACCAGGACGAGGAUGGAAACAUGUUGGUUCCUACUGAAAAGAUGGAGGAUCUGAAAAGAAGGUUCACCAGUGUGAGAGUGAGCGCCAAGUACCACGGCAUCAAGCUUGAGUACCGCGAGCACCGUCACACAGUUUUGGAUUUGCUGAGCCAGAUCAGGACCAAAGUGAACUUGUGGAAGAGCCCAUAUCUUUCUCCAGAGGCGGUCAGGGUUCUGCUGCACGAGUGGCAUGAGGUGGUCACUAAUCAGGAGCUUCCUUCUAUGCUGGAAGCAGCUCUCCAUAAGUUAAAGCAAGUUUCUGAGAAAUACUCAAGCAAGUCUGCUCUCGCUGCAGACUACCACCACAUUUGUCAACAAGUGAUGCAGCUGGAGGAGGACACUGUGGCCAUCUUGGUGGAGGUCAACUCAGCCAAGAAUACCCUGGGACGGGUUCUGACCACCUGGGACUCCUACAGCGACGGUUUGAGCGCCAUGCAGGCGUGGCUGGAGGACGUCUCGGCCGGACGGGGCUACGACUCCCAAACCAUGGCGACGUCCGAGAGCGUGGCCGAGUGGGGGUCCCGACAGGCUCACCUGAACCAGGUGGCAAACUUCUUGAUGGAGUCGACGGACCCGCAGACCAGCAGGAGCCUGGAGGAGGAGCUGCUUAAACUCAAUGUGGACUUUGAUGAGUUUGUCCAGAGAAAUGCCUUUGACUGCGAAACAGAAUCCAACGCUGACAUCCAGACCAGACCCCGAAACCUUCAGGCUCUGAUCAGGGAGGCAAAGCUUCUUCUCCAAGAGCCUGUCGAGACAAUGUCAGGUCCUUUACGCACCUACAGGAAAAGAAUACAGUUAGUACUGAGGAAGAUCAAAGAAGUGGAUCUGGAGGCUCACGAUUCUUCUCCAGAGUUUCCUGUGGAUCAGUUACAGAAACUGAAGAUGGCCAUGUCUGAUAUAAAGAAGACCAUGUGUGAGGCAGAGCAGGUGUGUGUAGAGUUGCAACACAGUAUUUCAGGUCUUGACAGUCGCCUGGCCGAGCUUCUGCACUGGGAGACUGAGGCCAUGGAGACGUACCAACUACUGAGGGCCACACAGCGACAGCAGCAGCGAGGCCAGGAUCCAAGAGCUCGGGUCCUGAUCUCUCGUGGGCUUCAGCUGGAGGGUCAGGUGGUGACAGAGGAACAAGAUCUUCAGGUGUUGAUUAUGACAAAUCAGAAGAGCUCGCCCAUUCAGUAUAUACAGACCGCCACCAUGCAGGAUCGAGUGCGAGCAGCCUUGUCAAAGUCACAGGAGGCAGUCGGUAUGCUGAGCAGCAUGGGAGCCAGAAGAGACAUAAGCAGGAGCCCCACAGGAGGGCCCCCAUCCAAAGUCUUUCUCCAAGCCAAAAGCAAACCUCAUCAUCAAAGGCAGUCGGACACUAUGCUGUCCACCCGGGAGUUUUCAUCAUCCCUAAUGGAAUUCCAUCCAUCUCAAGAAACAUUUGUGCCAAAGAUAGUGGUUCAGGAAUACAGAGAAGAAAAGAAGAGUUUGCCUCCAUGUAGCUCUGCACAGGAGAUGACACAAGCAGAAGGCCAGACUCAGGUAUGGAAAGGAAUGAGUGAACAACAGCAAACUGUGGAGGACACAUUGAUACCCCAACUGCUAAGCAGAGGAACAGCACAGCAAGAGACAAAGUGUCACCAGCCUCAAGUAGAGGCAAAAGGAGAAGGAGAGCGAAAUCAGAGACAGAAAGAAGUACAUCAAGAGGGGGAGCAUCAACUGGCAGAGAUGAAGGAAUAUAAAGGGGGGCAGUAUGGGUUAACACAUGUAGAGUUUGAAACAAAACUCCAACAUAAAAGUGAGACACACGAGCUGAUUUUAUCAGUAAAGAAACCUCUCAGCCCACAAGAACUUCAAUGUAAAAAGGCCCAGGCCUUGAAGAACCGCCCCUGGCUCCAUAAAAUGGCAAAACAGAACAUUCAAAGUCUCAACAAGAAUUCUGUACAAGAACCAGUUCAGGCACAGACAGAUAAGGAUGUAGUGGGAUUUAUUCAGGAAGUUCCUCACCCUACAGAAACCUCCAGGAAACAGUCCAAAGACCAAGACAAGUCUGAUAGGAAGGCAACACAACAGAAAGAACAACCACAGCAAAUUCAAAAUCAGCAGAAACAAAAGGGAAAAGAGCAACCAUUUGUAGCAACACAACAUAAAGAAAAUCUAAAUAAGAGCAAUACAAAGGAUCUGUCUCUUGAGCAAAGUGAGCCACCAGUCCACAUUUUGGUUCAGUCACAGGUUCAGCUCCAGCCUUCUCCAGAUGGCCAAGUUGUAGCUGAAGGGCCAACCUGGGCUCAAGUCAGGCCUUUAUCUCCCAUGCAGGACACAAUUCGGCCAUCUGUGCCGUCCCACAUUCAGCUUGGGAGUCAUCCACAGUCCUGGGCCCCUGUCAGGCCGUCCUCCUCUAAAUCCCCAGCACAGUUGGCCCAGUCCCAAGCCAAACCUGAAACGUUGGUUAAGGUUCAACCCAAUGCUCAGCCAAGGCCUCAGGCUGAAAACCAGGCACAGACAAUCCUUCAACAUCAAACUCAUAUUCAUCCACAAACCCAGACUCAGAUUCUUGCCCAUGCAAUGACUCAACACCAUGGAUCCAAUCCUGGGUCCAUGAUACAGGCUCAAACACAAUCCCAGGUACAGACACAACCUCAGAAAUACGCUCAGCAAAUGGCUCAGUCUCAAGCCAAAGCCGAGCCCUUAACAAACGUUCAAAACCAUCCUCUGUCAAAGGCCCAGUCUCGAAAGUAUACUCACUCAGUGACCCAAUCACACACCAAAACUGAAACUAUGGCCCUUAUUCAAACCCCAACUCAACCAAAGAUGGAGUAUUUAAUGCAUACUCAGCCAGCAUCGUCAAGCCAAGCUCAUGGUCAACCAACGUCUCGAACCUUUGCCCAACCAAAACUUCAACCAAGUCCCACACAACAUUUGACUCAAGGUCAACCUGUACUCCAGCCUCGAGGACAUCCUGUGACACAAUAUUACACACAAUCUCAGCCAGCUGUCCAGGAUCAAGGCCAUGCUGCUCCAGGCCAACUGCAUCCAUGGACCCAAGUUAGCAGCGCAUCCUCAAUGUCUACCCAAAAUCAGGCUUCAGUACAACCCCAGUGUCACCCCCAACCUCAGCCCCUUUCACAGCAGUGGGCUCCCGUACAGGAGCCACAAAAUAAAGAUUUUAUCCAGCAAAGGCAUCACAUUCCCCCAGCAUUCCCUCAGCCAAUAUGUCAAGCUCAUUCACAAAUACCACAAUGGGCCCAGGGUAGUCACCCACAAAGACCUCAAAUGGACGACUCUGGGCCUUCUAACAUGGCACAAUUAUAUAAUCAGCCUCAGAUGCAGCUGCACUCUCACACCCAGGUCCAGGCUCACACAUUGUCCCAAAUGGGGCCCCAGAGUCAACAGCAACCCCAGAUACAACCCUACGAUGUGGCUCUGAUGCAGACACAAGGCCACGCUCAGCAACAGAUGUGGAUGCAGGUACCCCACCAUGUACAAACCCACCCUUACCUCCAGUCUCAACAAUGUCCACCUGUUGAACAUCAGCUCCAAACUCAACACCAACUGCGGCUUAACAUCCUCGCUCAUAUACCCCAACAAUUAAACCAAACCAAUCUUCAGUAUCCCACUCAGUCUCAACUUCAACCUUACCUACGAUUACAGUCCCAACCUCACAUUCAGACACAAGUAAAUGUGCAGCCACAUAUUCAGCUGAGCCAGUUCAAGCCUCAGCCGCACCAGCCACCUCCACAAUUUAGACCACUAGCUCAGGCACCAAACCAACCACAGGCUCCUUCACUGCCACCAUAUAUUCCUCAACCACCACCACCCAAGAUGUUGUCAUCAACCCAAUCACAGACACAAUCACUGCUGCAAUAUAAACCUGAACCACAGGUUGCCAAGCAACUUACAAUUAAGCCUUCAACACAAAUGAAAACUCAAUCCCUACCACAAAAUAAACUUGAACCCCAGAGAGCUUCGCAACCAAAAUUUCAGUCACCAAACCAAGCCAAGGCUUUGACACUACCACAUUAUAUGCCUGAACAGGUAACUGCUCAGCCCAAAGUCCAGCCGUCCCCUCAACCCAAGACUCUCUUCCUGCCACAGUAUAAACCUGAACUCCAGUUAACUCCUCAGCCCAAAGUUCCACCACCAACCCAAGGCAGUGCUAUAUCUGUGUCAAAGCCUUCAAUCGAACCCCAGUUGCCUCAACUGAAUAAUCAGCAACCGGUCAAACCUGCAACAUCAUCACCUUCAAGAUUACAACCACAGGUUGAAACACCACCUGAAUUUGAGUCUCAAUCACCACCACAGGCCAACUUCCAGGUCAACCUUCUGCCGCAAUUACAACCUCAAAGUCAAGCCCCUCCACAAUUCAAUGAAAAACAACCCCAAACUCUUCUCAAGUCUUCGGUCUGUGUGCUGCCUCAAUCCCAGGCCGGGUCUCCAGACCUCUGUAUGCCACCUCCAGCCCUGGCCCAGGCUCCUCCCCAAGCCUAUUCUGAGGCCUAUGCCAAGGCCCAGGCUUUGGCUAGGAACGGCUUUGAGGAGGCUAAGCACUGCCUGCAAGAACACAUCCGGGAGGCCAUCAGUGAUAAAUGUCUACCAGCUGAGCAAGCAUUCCUGACAAAUAGUCUGAGGACCCUGGAUCCAGACUUACUGGAGGAAUUCCUGAGAGCAGCCAAAGGCAUGGAGGCCUUCUGUACACCUUCACAGCUCAGAGACAUGGAUUUCUUUACACAGUCUGUCAGGUCUCAGUGGGAGGCUUGCUUCUCAUCCGAGGGCCAAGUUGCCCAAGCAGGCCAUCAAGCGGUGGCCUUACAAGAGCUCUGUGACAUGCUGAGUCCGGAGGACGCCCACCGACUGGCCCACACUCAGCUGAGAGAGUGUGAGAGUAGCUUGGCUGCCAUCCAGCGUCAAUUCAGUGGAGAUCAAGAAGCACCGCUGCUCGAUUCAAGGAUUCCUGUUGUCUUCGAUGUGGAGCGGACUAUACCCAUAGAAACUGCACCAAGUGGCAAACCUCAAAUACCAUCUGAGGUUUCACAAAUGAAACUCAAGACAGCAAAUUCAGAACAAGAGGAGGUUGAGAAUCGCUCAUCUGUUGAAGAAGUCAACAAAAAGGAGGCUUUAGAGAAAUAUGAAAAUUACAAGAAGUCUCUGCAAGUCCAGCUGUCUAAAAAUGAACAGAGCAUCAGAGAUGUUCCCUCAGACUCUGUGACUCUAAAGGGUCUUCACACACGACUACAGGAAAUUCAGUUCCUGAGGCAGGACACAGAGUCUUUGUGGUCUGAGUUUAUAAACCAGUGCUCUCAGUUGAGUGGAAACGCUGGUGUAGAUCAGGAGAAAUCAGAUCUUCAAGACCAGUGGCAGGCCCAACAGUCCAACCUUCAAAGGAGAGGCAGUUUAUUGAGUGCAGCCCUCAGGCAGAUCGACUCCACCGAGAACCACAUGGUGGAUUUCACAGACCGCCUAGACCGUUACCUGAGACAACCCAAAGCCAUCACAGCCUUUACAUUGGCCAACACCAACAUCCUGAAGGACAUCAAGGAACUGGAUGAAAACAUCCAGAGCGAACUGGAUCAGCUGGCCCGCCUGGAGCAAGAAUCUAGCAACCUAGAUCCCAGAGACUGCCUCCCUCUCUCCCGAGAGGUGGAAGCCCACAGAAGCAGCGUGGAUCAGCUCCGCCAACAAGUUCGCAAAAGUGAGGCGGCUGCUCGCGCUUUGGACCGCUUCCUCAUGUCUCUUCGCACCGUAGAGGAGGACAUCGCUGGAGUGCAAGGUGCCCCUUGCAGUGAAGCUGUGGUUCUGCAAGACUGUCGCGCCAAACUGGCUCUGAUCAGGCAAAGUGUGGACAGUCUGAAAGACAAGGCGCCGGAGUUGGAUCUUCUGUUGCAGGGGGCCCGGCUGACCGUCACCAGGAAUGGUUCUCCUGCCUCCUGCCUGGACAUGGUCAGUGUCCUGCUGAACAAACUGGAAGAGGCUGACAGUGGACUGGUAGGGCAACAGCAGAGCCUCAAGAGGGAAACCCACAGCAAAUCUUUGGGCUUGAGGAAGAGAACCCUGUUUGGGGAACUGAGCAAGCUCCAGAACGCCAUCGAAUCUCGAGGGUUGACAGAGGCAACCAUGCCAGCCGUGCAACACAGGUUUCGGGCUCUGUCUGAUUUGGAGGACCAGGUGCAGACUCAGAAUUCAGAGAUCCAAAGUCUCAGGGAACUUCCUGAGUGUCAAGGACAAGGAAGAAACCUCCUCGAGGAGCUGGAGACAGAGUACAACAAGACUCUAACAUCUUUGACUGACAGGAAGCAGCAGUGCAGCAUCCUGAUUGAACUUCUGAAGAAGUUCCAGAGCUGUCGCAGUCAUCUGAAUAGCACAGUGCAGAGAGCCGAGCAGACCAUCGGUGAGCAGGCCUCAUACAUGGGCAAAGACAACCUUCACAAGAUUAUAACCAAGGUCCAGGACAUUAAGAAGGAGCUCAGUGGCCUCAGUGAGCAGAUGGAUGAGAUGAGGGGAGUUUGCAGGCAGCUGCAGUCCCAACUGAAGAAGUUUCCAGACUGCAGGGAGGCACCAUUUGAAGCUGAAGCUGACACACUGAUGGACACCUGGCUGGACAUCACAGAGAAGAUAGACACAUACAUGGACAACCUCCAGGUGGGCUUGGAGCUAUGGGACAAGCAGUUAAUGUUGGGGGGAGAGAUUGACAGCUGGGCGGCCUGCAAACUGGCAUUAUUUGCAGAGAGCCACCCCUUCCACAACCGCCAGCAAGUCUUGGCCAUGAAGGAUGAGAUCCAGGCCUACGAGGAAAACAUAGAACAUUUCCACAAGAAGUCUGAGGAGAUCCAGGAAAUGCUUCAGAGUCACGAGGCUCCACUGGAGCUGCAAGUGAUGGAAACACAGCUGAGGAAGAGGAUGGAGCAGGUGAAGGAGCUGUUUGCUGACUGCGCCGACAUCUUUGAGGAGCUGAUGGUGGUGAAGAAACAUCUUGCCGAAAAGAUUGAGGAGUGCCUGUCAGCUGUUGAGAACAUUCAAUUCUCUGUCAAUGAGGUCCAAACCUCAGAACCUAGGCUGGAGACCCAGUUAAAGGAUCUGUGUGAUGACCUGGAGGUCCAGGAGGAGCAGGCCGAGUUAGCGCUGAGCGAGAUUGCUCUGGUCUCCAGCGUGGCCAGUUCACAGGUGCUGGAGGAACUCUCGGUGGAUUGCGGACGACUCACAGACGCCAUCACUCGCAUCAAAGACAUGAUCCACCUCAAGAGAGAGGAGAAGGACAAAGGCCUGCUCAAGGUCAUUCAAGAUGAAAGGCAGUCCUUUGAGGACUGGUUCCAGGACCUGCAGUUGGCCGUCAAUGAGUGUUUCGAGAACCCAGAGAGCAGAGCAGACAUAGAAACAUCUUUACAAAGACUCACUGGCUUCUUGAAGGCCAGCGAUGCAGAGCGCCGCCUGGAGCAGCUGAGGGAUCAUCUGGAACGAGGCAAAGCGCAGAUCGAUACUCAGCAGCUGUCUGAGCUUAGUGAUUGGCUGAAGGAGCAGCAUGAGGAGGUGCACACCUUCAAGACUCACUGUUUGAACAGGCAGAAGCAAAUGGAGUCUCUCCACUGUGACUUGAGCAGUUUGCAGACGCAACAUGACAGUUUCCACGAGUGGCUGCAGGGCAAAGAGAAACUCAGUGCAGUGCCUGGCACGGCCAAACAUCUCCUCCAAGACCUCCAGCAUGAGAGCCAAAGAGUGGAUAUCCUCAUGGAGCUGCUGGCUUCAGUGCGCCACCAGGGUGUCAGAGCUGACAGAAUCCUCAAGGACAGUGACAAUGUCAUACAACGCUAUCGAAAUCUGCAGGCCCGGCUGCAGACGCAAGCGGAAGAACACGAUGUCUCGGGUGGUCAGCUGGACCAGUUUGCAACCCAGGCUGAGCACAUCAGGACCUGGUUUAAAGACCUCCUGUGUUCCGUCACCUCAGCCUGUGAAGACCUGUCAUACAAGGAGAUGAGCCUCAAAGCAGAGGCUGUCCUGAGCGCAAAACCAGAGGGUGACACCCAGAUGAACAGGCUUCGACUUCAGAGCCAGAGUCUUUGUGGACAGGACCAGCUGGAGCAGAGCAGGAAACAGGAAGUCCAGCAGUCAGUCCGAAACCUGGAGGACGAGUGGAGGAUAAUCCUACAGGCAGCUGAGGAUGCUCUCAACAAGGCAGAGAUGCAAGCACGCUUGAACCAAGAAGUGGAGGCUCUCAAAGCCCAAAGUGAAAAUUUGCAGUCUUGGAUCAACAAUUUGACUCAGAACCUUCAGUCUUAUGAAUCACUGCAGGAUGUUCUGCUUAGCAAACCUGAUAUGCAGUCUAAGCUGCAGCACCUAAAGGAGCGGGGCCAGAGUCUGUGCAAGAACCUGGACCUGGAUGAAGGCCUUCGCCAUGAGAUCCGGGAUGUGAUGAGAGGUGCAGAGGAACAGUGGAGAUAUACGAUGAAGGCUGCCGAGGAGGCGAAAACUGAAGCCUCUGCCGAGAGGGAGGUUGCCGCUCUCCGAAGCAACAUCGAGACCACACGGUCCUGGAUCAGAGAGCAGAGAUGCAAGCUGCUCUCGGUUGGAACUCAUAUGCCGCUCCAGGAAAGACUGCAAGUUAUACAGGCUGUUUUUUCUUGCCGAGAUGAGGGCGAAUCUAAAGUUCUGGACCUGAAGAGGGAAGCUGAACAUCUGUGGAAGACCCUGGAUGACAGCAGGAAGCCCGAGUUGGCACUGUUGGUCGAAGACACGGAGCAGCAGUGGAAGUCCGUCCUUCAGACCUGCAAAGAGGCUGAACUGCGAAGUCUCGCUGAAGACUUUGAGGCUCAGAGUAAAAACACGAAGUCUUGGGUGCGAGAACGAGAGCUGCAGCUGCAGUCUGUUGGCAUCCACUCGCCACCUGAAGACAGACGCCGCAUGGCACAGGACGUACUGCAGUCCAAAUCUAACGGCGACUGUCAGGUGAACAACCUGAGGAGGCGGGGCCAGACUCUAUUUGACCGUCAGGAUGUGGAGGAGGACCGAAAAUGUGAAGUCCAGCAGGCAGUCCAAGACGCAGAGGAGCAGUGGAGGAAAGUGCUACGGGUCGCCAGACAGCUGGAAGAGGAUGCAGGAUCUCAGAUGAACCAGGAGAUGGAGGCGAGAGACUCGGAGCUAAGGGAAUUCCAAACUGUCCAGCAGGAAACCAGCCACUGGCUCUCAGGCCUUCAACAUCAGCUGGAUUCACUAAGCAGUCAAACCACAGUGCAGGACCGACUACACGCUACACAGACCAUUGUGAGCGCCAAGUCAGAUGGAGACUGUAAACUCCAGGAGCUGAAGAGACGCUUCCAGAGUUUGUGUGCUCAGGAGCUAGAGCAGCCCCAGAAACUGGAGCUUCAGAAGAUUGUACAGGACACCGAGGACCAGUGGACGAGAACCCAUCAGGGUGCUAAAGCAGCACUAGAUGCAGAAGAAAAGCAGAUGGCUCUGGAGCGUCAGCUAAAGGAGCAUGAGGAAGCCAGAGAACAAGUCCAAGCCUGGCUGGAAGACAAGCGACAAAAUUUAAUUUCCCUCCAUUGUUACAAAGAUUCUGAAGUGACCAUAAAAACUGCACAGGCCAUCCUGAGCUCCAAACCGGAGGGAGAUUGUAAGAUGGCCGAGUUGCAGAAACAAAAUAAGAAUCUCUGUGACCGUGAUGACGUGAAAGCUGCCACCCUGAGGGAGUCGGGACAAGCCGUCAAAGCCUUGGACGAGCUGUGGAGGUCGCUGUUGCGUGACGCAGAGAACUCCCUGAACAAAGCCGAGGUUGUUUACUCGCUUUCCAGGCAGCUACAAGCCUUCUUCAGCCAGGCAGCUAGCACUGAAACGUGGCUGGAGGAGCUACAGACGCAGCUUGAGAACAUCGGGAUGGACAUUCGAGGCAGCCAGGCCCAGAUAGAGAACAGAUUGAACACGACGCAUAUGAUCUUAAGCUCCAAAUCCUGUGGAGAGAGUCGAGUGAUGGAUCUGCAGAGGAGAAAACAGAGUCUGUGUGAACACAAGGACUUGGAGGAGGACAGCAGCCUGAAGGUGCGGACAAAAGUCAAAAAGGUGGAAGAGCAGUGGAGGACUGUGUUGCAGGUGGCAGAGAGCAGAAGCAGACAACUGCAGAGUGUCCAGGACCACCUGGUGUCCUGUCGGUACCAGCGAGGGCAGGCUGAGGCUCUCCUGGCGGAACUCCAGAUGCAGACGUCCGAUCUGCCUCGCAUCUUCCCCUGGCCUGGCCUGGGGGAGCGGAGGACGGUGACUGAACAAGCCCACACCCUGCUGGACAGGGGCUCAGCCAUGGGCCCCCUCCUCUCCAAUCUACGCACACAGGCUGCGAAGCUGUAUGAGACUACCCAGGACCCUGACUGGGCUGAUUCUACCUGUGGUGGAAUGGAGGACUCCAUCCCAGUUUUGCUCAGAGAGUUAACUGAGGCGGUGACGAGCCUGGAACACGGAAUCAUGGUGGAGAGACAAUUCACACAGCUGGUGGAACAGCAUGAAGCAGCACAAGAUUGGUUGAGAGAGCAGGUGAAAGGCCUGCAAGGUCCUCCAGAUGACAGACCCGGUCUUCACAGUGCCAUCAACACCCUGAAGGCCUUACUCCAGACCGUACAACGGGAACAGAGAGAGAUGAAGGAACUGGACACCGCCAGAGAUGAUCUGGUCGGCCUCUGCACUUCAGGAGGUCGUGACGCUCUGAUACUGGAGGUCAGCCACCUUUAUGAGCUCUGCGCCAUCUCUGAGCAGGAUGUGAGGGAGCGCCUGAUGGCCUGCGAGGCCCGUCUGCAGGAGCUGUACCACCAGGCGGCCCACAGGACUAAGGAGCUGAAGGAGAGAUCAGCCACCUUGCAGUGGGAGCUGAGCUCUCUAGACCAGGCGCUCGGAUACGCCCAACCGCAGAGUGGCAUCCAUCAGCUGCGACAGCACUGGAACAGCGUGCAGAAUUGUGAAAAAUCGCUCGAGGAGCUCCGUGUCAAAAUUGAUGAGCUCAACCAGGAAGUUGCUGCUGACAGUGAGCUGCCAACAGAAAUAAGCACCACAGUGGACUCUCUGCGCCAGCAACAGGACAGUCUGGAAUCCAGGCUGAGGGAGCAUCAACAAAACUGUUCCACAAACACUGCUCACUGUCUCAGCCAGUCAUUGCAAGCACUGCAGGACUGGAAUCACAGCAAGCCUUCAAAAUCCAUUACAUCUCUGCAGGAGACAGCAGAUGAAGGUGAGAAGUUGCAGGCUCUUCUUCGGGAGGUGUUUUAUCAUCAGCAAUUUCUGAGUGACUGCCUGAACCAGGAUGUGUUUGACCAACUUUCAAAAGAAGGUGCUGACACUCUCAGAGAAGCAGGGACACUUCAGAUGUCUCUAUGCCAAAUCUUAAAGGAACUUACUGAAAAGAAUGAACAAAAAACUGAGUGUCAGCACAUUGAUGAUGUUGAUAUUCAGAUUGAGGAAAUGAAGACAUCUUUGGUUGCACCACCAUGGAAAAACAAACAUUCCCCUGAGAAAAAGUCUACAGUUAAAAUUCAGCCAAAUAUUCCCUCAACAGAGACAUCUACAUUGGAUCAGGAUGACUUGUCAAUUACUUCCAGAUCUGGUGAGCAAACGGAAGUUCCUCUUUUAAAAGAAAUCAAAGUUAUCCCAAAAAUGAGGAAGUCAGAGACCCAGGAAGGCUCCACACUUCUUACGCUGACAUAUGAAACUGUUUGCAUGGAAACUAAGGAGGUCAAAUGUGAAACGUUAGACGAAGGCCAAGAGGAAGUUAUAGAACAAUCUCAGGUUAUCCCAGCCAGAGGAAAGCCAACAUUUGCAGAGACUCCACGGGUAGAGGAAGACAUUGAACAUCAAAUAUCUUUGAGUUCUAAUGACCAAAAUACAACUAUUGCAGAUGAUUCAGACUUUGUUGCCAUGAGAAGUAAGGCAACAGUUCCUUCAUAUUUAACUAUUACCUCUUUAACAGCUCCUGAUUUGAGGCUAGAUCACAAUGACGAGCCAAUUGUGGAAAAGAAAGAAUCUCAUCUCGACGACACUGAAAGCGCAGAAGUUGCUCAAUUCGUCACAGGAAUUAUUGAAUCGGCCAUAAGAGAUGUUGAUUUACUGUCAAAGAAAGAUCCGCUAGAAUUGGAAAGGAGACAAAUAUUUUCAGCUUCACAAGUUGCCACAGAAAUGUCUGAAGGUGUUAUUGUGGAGGAAGGAAAGAUUUCACCGCAUCCAAGAAAGUUCAAGAGUGUAAAGUUUUCUCCACAACUGUCUAAAAAAGAGGAGCCAAUUAUGACAAAAGAAGAAUCUGAUCUGGACCCCUUCAUGAGAAAAACUCAUGAUGACAAAGAACACAGUGUUUGUGAAGAAGCACAGAAAGCUUCUGGCAGUGUGGAAUUUCCUGCCAUUGCUGAAUUUGUCACAGGAAUUAUUGAAUCUGCUAUGAGAGAUGUAGACUUACUAGCCCAGAAAGAUCAGCUCGAAUUGGAAAAGGGAAAAACAUCUUCAGUUUCACAAGUUGCCACAAAAAUUCCUGAAGUUGUGGAGGAAGGAAAGAUUUUACCACCCACAAGUGAGUCAAAGAGUGUAAAGUAUUCUCCCCAACUGCCUAAAAAAGAAGAGACGACGGUGCCAAAAGAAGAAUCUAAUCUGGAACCCGUUGAGGAAAAAACACAAGAUGAGAAUGAAUAUAGAAUUGGUGAAGAAGCGAGAAGAGACUCUGCAAGUGUGGAAGGUUCUGUAGUUGCUGAAUUUGGCACAGGAUUUAUUGAAUCUGCUAUUAGAGAUGUUGACUCACGAUCACAGAAAGAUCCGCCAGAGGUUGAAAGUGUAAAAACAUCCUCAGCUCCACAAGUUGUCACAGGAAUCCCUAAAGUUGUUAUUUUGGUGGAAGGAAAGCUCUCACCACCCACAAGAAAAUCAAAGAGUUUAACGCCUACUCCACAAAUGCCUAAAAAAGAGAAGGCAGGAGUGACGAAAGAAGAAUCUAAUCUGGAACCCAGAAAGGAGAAACAUCAUGAUGAUAAAGAACAUGAACAUGUUUGUGAAGAUUUAAGCUUCCAAAAAGCAAGAAAAGACUCUGGAAGUGUGGAUGAUUCUGCCGUUGCUCGAUUCAUCACAGGACUUAUUGAAUCUGCUGUUAGAGAUGUUGACUUACGAUCACAGAAAGAUCUGCUAGAGUUGGAAAGCAGAAAAAAAUCCUCAGCUCCACAAGAUAGCCCUAAAGUUGUUAUUGUGGCGGAAGGAGAGAUCACACCACCUAAAAGAAAGUCAAAGAGUAUGAAACUUCAUUGCGAAGAAGUCACAGUGUCCAAGCAAACGUCCUCAUAUUCUCGGGACCAAACUGAAACGACAACUCCACAGCCACCCAAAAGAAAGUCAAAGAGCUCAACAGCCUCUCCAGGAAUUCUUAAAAAGGGGCCAAAGAAGACAAAAGAACUUGAUAGACCGAGCUCUCAUGUGGGAUUUGCCAAAACCACUGUAGAAGAAGGUAAAGUGGUGGCAGCAACUGCAGAGCGUGUGAAAAUCUCACCAGAAACUCAGAAACUGCCAACCAGGAGAAAAUCAAAAGAUCAUGAUGUUCCCUCAGUUCCCACUGACACAGAUAUUGCCAUCAGUGAAGGUUUUGGCCCUGAAAGUGGAGUAAAGCCAACAACUGAACACAUUGUAAAAACUACACCUGAUGCUGCUGUUUUUGGGGAUAGAAAGCUAUCACCGCCCAAAAGAAAGUCAAAACUUUUGAAGGUUUCUGCAGAACCUAAGAAAAGGGAAGAUCAAACCAUCACAAAAGAGGAACCUAAUAUCCUAAAAUUCAAAGAGGCCAAGCAUGAUGAGACAAUCUCAGAACCUGUUGAAGAAAGCACCUCUGAGAUGCUUGAAAAUGUGAUGGAAAGUGAUGUCAAUAAACUUGCUGUACUCGCAGAAGAUCAGCCACCCAAAUCUCAGACUGUUACAGAAAUGAGCUUCGCUGAACAAACCAUGAUACCAAUGCCAACUGUUAUUGAGUUGGAACUGUUAGAAACCACAAGGGAAAGACCUGAAGAGGCCAAAGAUCACAAAGUUCUACUAAAGGUUGGUGUUGAGGAUGCCAACACAGACCUAGAAAAUACAUCUCUGGUUUUAGAUAGAAUCCCAGGGAGCGCUGAUGUGAAUACUUUAGAACUGAAUGUACAGGAUGAAAACCCUUCUGCUGUGAGCAACACUGAGCAGCGAGAUAUGGUCCAAGGGCAAACGUCUGUGGUUUUAGCAACACUUCAGCCAAAUGUGACAGAAUUGAUAGAAAUUGUAUUAUGUGAGAAGGCCGUUGAAAAGACAUGCCAGACUGAGGCUCUUGAGGAAGUUUUGGAACUCAACCAGGAAGGAUUGACUGAAACAGAGGAGCAUGAAGCCUCCAAGUCUACAGAUGCUUUUCAAGAUACUCCCAUGACAAUUCACAUGGGGCCUGAUGUGCAUCUUCUACAAGUAGAGAUAAGAGCUUGUCAAGAGGAGCAAAAAAACAAACUAGAAACAGGAAAAAAAGAGAAAUCUACAACUGAUAAGUCACAAGUAGAAAAGCAAGAGAUGAGCACAGAGAGACACAAGAAUGGCGCUCAGAGCGAUGCGUGCAAACCUGUUUCUCCUGCUUUUGAUCCAGAUCAGCCAAGUGGAACCAAGAAAGAUGAAGUUGAGUCAAACCAGGAUAACAAACCACCACAGCUCAUCCAAACUGCCCUGGAAAGACCAAAGGAAGACAUUCAUCAGGUCCAACUAUCAAUCCAUGAUAGGCACAUUAGUCCUGCAAGUUUUCUUGAACAGGAAGAAAUUCAAAUGACUGUGAUACACGGGAAGGAACCACGGCAGGAAUCAAGUGUCAAGAUUGAGAUCACUUCAUUAAACAAAGGUGAUAUUCAGCCCAUUAACUCUUCAAUUAGAGUGACACAAGAAGCGCCAGAGUGCCUCACUGAAACUCUCUCACAUCCUGACGUCGAGACACUCUCUAAGGCCCAAACAGAAGAUCAGAAAACCAAUGCAACAAAAGAGGAAGCUGAUAAUCUGAUAAAUAGUACAUCAGUUCAAAAGGGAAGUGGAAAGGUAGUUAGGUCUGAACCACAAGAUGUUCCCCACACAGGCACCACAACAACCACCUUUGAGAAAAAUGAAGCGAGUGUUGAGCAGUCUGAAUUAGCUAUUGACACACCAGAAAGAUCUCUAUUGACAGACGUCUUCUCACGGACCAAGGCAAUCAUAGACAUGGAACUUCUCAAUGAGGAGGCAUUUGAGGAUUGUUUAGCAGAGCAGAUGACGUCCCCCAGCAGUGACCUGGAUGGUCUCCUGUGCAGGCUUGUUUCAAAUCUCCUGAGCUGUAAGAAUCACUCAGCUGAACUCCAGCCGGCAGCCAUGAGCCAGCAGGUGAAGGAGGCUGAGAAGUGUCGAGCCAUGGCCCAGGACCAGGCAUCUCUCCUGUGCCAGCAGAGGGAAGCAGAAGCUGACAGGUCCGAAGCUCUGAAGUACAUGGAGGACCAGUGGAGUGCUGCUGCUCAGGAUGCAAUCGCUGUCAUCCAAAACAAAGUAGACCAGCUUCAGGUUGUGCAGGAAUUCUGUCACCAGACUCACAAAGCCAAGGCCACAUUGGAAAGACUGGCAGCUCAAUUGGAUGUUUUGAGACUUUCCCAAGCAGAGAGCAGCCAGGAGGAGUCCAACCGCCUGAACUCCAUGAAGAGAACUCUCGAGGAGAAACGGACUGUCCUUGGAGAGUUACUUGGCAUCCAUACAAAGCUGUACCCUCUUCUUAGCCGCGCUCAUCAAGCAGCUGCGAAGAGUAUGCUUCAGACUCGACAUCAGGAAUGGAGAGAACUGGAGAGAGCUGUGGACAAAGCAUUACAUCAUGCCGAUGUUCAGUCACAUAGCUGCAGCAGUCUUUUGCUGGAGUUAUCCCAUCUACGGGGACACUUAGAAUCAAUCAGUGAAGAACCUGAAGCCGAACACCCUGAAGUAUCUCUGUGGGAUUGCAAGAAAGCAAAGCAGUUGAUGAUGGCACACGCUGAAGUUAAAGGUGCCCACGUCAAAUAUCUCCAUUUGAAAGAAAUGUCAGAGGCACUACCCGCGAGCUUAUGGCCAAAAGAAACAGUAGAGAUAAAGAAAGCGCUCCUAAAUGUCAAAGACCAACUUUGUCUCACAGAGGAAUGGAUGUCCUCUCAAAUCCAGAAAAGCAGUAAUCCCGUCAUUAAGAAAGUUAUGACAUUGGGGAGGGAUGGACUCUCAUGGGCUAAGAAGAUUGAGAGUGAAAUUGAGGGCAGGUGCAAUAGGGUGUGCCUUCUCCCUGAGGCGGUUUACCACCAGCUCAGGGCAAUUAAAAAGCUGCAGUCUGAGGUCACAGUGAAACGGAGGCAACUCAACUCACAGGUGAAGGCAGCGACAGAACUUCUGCCACAGCUGGACCAGAUUGAGGAAAUGCCUGUGAUGCAUUCCCUGUUGGAAUAUCUUGAAGAGCGUUCAAAGUCAAUCACGGAGAAGCUGUCCAAGGCUGUGAAGGACAUAGAAUCUGGUCUGCAGGUCAGAGAAAAGCUGUCAGAACAGAUUGCAAAUAUCGACUCCUGGGUCGGGACACAUCUGCAAAGAGAGACAAUGAAGACCAUCAGGAUGGAAUUUAUGAGUCCUGGUGAGGUUGAUCGCAGUGAUCUUGAGAUCCAGGAGACCCUUGUUGAGGCAGAAAAGCAGUCUGCUGCCUGUGAAGCUCUUUUAAUGAAGAGUAAAGACAUUGCUUCUGAGCUUAGCAUCACAGAGAACUGCCAGCUUUUUGACAAGCUUAUCAACCUCCAGGAAGACAUCAGCAACAUUAGUAGCCAUGAAAGGGUCAACAAAAAAGAGCUUGAUGAACAUGUCCGAGCUAUAGAAUCAAACAAGAGAGAGCUUAUCACUGUUGAAAGAAGCCUAAGGCAGAUGCAAGAAGACCUGAACAAACUGAGGUUCCCCGUCACAACAGAAUUGCUGCAAAUUUUGGAAUCUUUCAAACAAAUGCUUUUGGAGCACAAGUCCAAGAUUGACCUUCUCCAAUCCUGGAUUCAGGAAGACAAGACAAGUGAAUUGUAUUCAGUCACUGCUGAAAUUCAUAACAAACUGACUACCCUGCAAUUAAAGGCCAGAGACCACGAGAAGUACCUCAACAUGAGGCAGACUGUGGAGGACCUUAAAGAGGCUGUCGAGGAGCAGCUCAGUCAGACCAAAGAAGACAGCCAGGUGGAGGAGAAGUACAAGAUCUACCAGAAGCUUCUUUUUCACUUCCCUCUGAUAAAAAGACUUUGCAAGGAGGUUGGAUCGAAACUCCAUAUGAUCUCGACUGACCUAUAUCCUUCUCAGCUGUGCUCAGAGCAACAGAGACUUCAACAAAACGAGGAGCGCUUUAAAACAUUGGAAAUGAAAACCCUCAGCAAUCUCAGCAUUAUCGAGUGGUCUCUGUUUAAAGAACUUGAUCUCGACUCAGAGAGGAAAGUCAUGCGAGCCUUCCUCUGGGAUGCUCACCAGGAGCUUCAGAACCCCCCACCGAUGACGCCAAAUGAAACAUGCAUUAAUAAGGAAUACCAGAGGAUCCUGUUUUUGAAAAAGAUGGUUGAGUCGCGAAUGAGAGUACUAGAAGUUCUAGAGCAUAAUAAAGGCAACACGGAAGGAACCGGAUCAUCAGAUCUUGAAGACUUGAAGAAUGUCUUUCUACGUGAAUGUGACUCACAAAUGGACAAUAUCGCUGAUGCAAGGACAUCACUGAGAAACUACACCCAUACUGUAAAACAAGCACUGCAGUUCUUGAGGGACUUUGAGGUCUCUCUGCUGCCCCUUCCUGCCUUAACUGGAGUCUGUUGUGAAAAGUUGGAGGAGACGCAGGUCAUCUUGGCCUCACUGGAGGAUCAUUUCCAGCCUUACAUGGACCAGUUGAGCCAAGUUGCCCUGCAUCCUUUACUGUCCCCCGUGGAGUUAGAGCGACUCCAAGAGAGUAUUCUGAGCCAGUUCCUGGUGAGGAUGUCCACACUUAAAGCAAAUGGUUACCUUCAAUUGGAGAAUCUCAGCAGCUGUGCAGAAAACUACAGAAAAUACACAAAAUUCCAUGACAAAAUUAGUCUAAGUAUGAGGAAAGCCGAGGCUAGCCUGGAGCAGUUUACCUCUCAGAAGGUCAACUCGCUAGCCGACUGCAGUGAGCAACUGGAAAAGCUUAAAGUUCUGCAAGAGGAUCUGGACUCUGUACAGGAUCAUCUUGAGGAGAUGGUGGAGUGGUGUCCAGAGCAGAGGUGCCGAGGACACCGAGAGACCUCCAUGGCUGCAGACUGGCGACGCGUGACAAAACUCCGCCUUUGCUCACAACAGCUGACUGCGAGACUCAAACAGAGGAUUGUAGAAUGGAGUGACAUCACCCGCAGUGUGGAGAAAGCCUCCGCUGUGCUGCAGCAGGUGAAGGAGGAGCUCCCCCAGCCUGCCCCGUUGAUGGCCUCCACUAAAGAACUUCUUGACCUGCAGCAGCGCUGGGAACAAUACCAGGACAGACUGGACUGCGAACAUCGUGCACUUUCCAUCCUGGAAUUACGUGUAGCCAGGCUGCUAGGCGUCCCUGCCAACAUGGAACAGGCACCGCCAACUCCAUUCUGUCUGCAGCUGCAAGCGAUGCAGACCAUCUAUGACACCCUUAAGCAGAGGAGCCGAGAAGGUUUGGAGUGGAUCAAGCUGGAGCUGGAGGAGAAAGAAAAAGUGCAAGAAGAGCUGCAGGUGGUUUGGGUUUGGUUGACGGCGGCUGACAGUCUUUUGUCAGACAUAGAUCCAAGCAGCAGCCCAGCAAAACUGAAGGGGAUCCACAGCCAAUUGUGCAUCCAGAAAGCUCUGGUCCAUCGCAUCAAGGAGAGGCUGAAGUCAAAGUACUUUGAAUCUGACAUGGUCCCUGUCGAGAUCAACGGCCAACUUCAGGAGAUCCAAAAGACUCUGGAGCAAGUCGAGGAUAAGGUUGAAGAGGCGAUCGAGAAGAGUGGACCCGUGCACAGAAUCGCAGCAAAGCUACUCGAGACGCAAGCUGGCCUGAGGUCAGUGCAGGAGAGGCUGGAAGACAGAAGUUCCAGUGUGGCAGAAGCAAAGCUCGCUCAGAAGAUGGUGUGGGACAAGCUGGACAAGUGGCACUCGUGUGUUGCGGCGCUGGAGUCUGACGUGCAGGGCUUGGAGAGUCCACAGGAGGCACUGUACCUCACAGAAAGAUUGGUGGAGGUGCAGCAGCUCCAUGUACAGCUCGUCAAACAGGCAGAGCAGAAGACAACACUCCUUAGCAGGAUGCAAACUUGGCUUGAGGAGCAUCAGGAAAUGAUCAACAGCUCCAAGAGUUGGAUGUCGGACUCUCAGUCGUGGCUCGCCGCUCCGCGCACUUACACCACGGCUAAAUGUCUGAGUGAACACGUUGGAGCUCUGCAGACGGUGUUGAAUGACUCGGAGCAGAUCCGAACCACGUUGCAGGAUUUCACUUCAGUCCUGGACCAAAUCUCUCAAGCGGUCGAGGUCUCGACUCUUCGGGAACAAUUGGCGGACGCCGACCUCCAAGUGGCAGCCGUUCAGGAGACUUUUGCGGCUCCAUUGUCUCGACUUGAGCAUGCUGCUGCUGAGGUCAACAUGAUGGAGACUGAAGUCAGGAAGAUGCAGAAUAACAUUGCUGAGAUUAAGACUAUCUUCUGUUCUCCAGAGACGUUUCCCAGUCCCAAGGAGAAACGUCUGAAGAUGGUUGAGCAGAAGAUCCAGUCCAUGAGGAGCAGCAUAGCCGACAUCCAGAAAUCCAAACUGGACCUUCAUCUUCCAGAAAAGGCAGAGGAGACCUUGACUGUCUUUAGUGUCAUCAAUCAGCUACAAACUUUGCUGCUGGAACUGGAGAAGAAGGUUCCAGCUCUGUUCAUCCAGCAUCUUCCGACUCAGACUCAACAUACUCAACAGGUUCAAGGCAGAGCCCAAUUGGUGACAUCCCAACCAGAACUAGAGGAAUCCAGCUCAGAAGAGCCCGAGGUGGGCGAUGCUGAGCCGGGCCGCAUCAGGAUUGCCCACGUCGAGGACAAUGUGCUACAACGCUCUGGAGACUCACCGAUGACAGCGAAAAGAGCGACGCCUGAGCAGAGACGCUCGGAGAUGGCCGACAGUGGGCCGCGAGGGCGUGACGGCGGUGGUGGCGACGGCGAUGAUGACAGUGGCGGUGGCGGUGGCGAGGUGCUCCCAGCUGAGGAGGCCUGUCAGAAAAUGGGAGGGGAGGCGCCGGAACUGAAGGCAGGUGCAGGAGGUGUUUUGUGGUGGCUCUGGGAUACUUUCCAGGGUGCUUCUCCAGAGGACGUCAGCAGCGUUAGUGUCCCAGAAAGGAGCCAAGCUUCACGCGGACAAAGUCAACAGGGCUCCGGUGCCCCCGAUGAUAGUUCCUCUGAGGCUAGAUCCUCAACCCUGGACUCAGUCAGAUGUCAGAACUUCCCCGAUCGCAUGGUGUGCCGGUCUGGUUCUGUGCAGGACCCCCGCAAAGGCAGACUCCUCGCCGGCCGGGACCGGGAGGGGCCGCUCCCGGACGCGCUGCUGCGGGCGGACGUCUGCCUUGGUGCGGCGCGACUGCGGCUGGCGGCCGCCGGGGAAGACGGCGAAGAGGAGCGCGUGACGCAACAACCGGUCGCCUGCCAGGAGAUGUUCUCGGAGUCGGAGUCGGGCCCCGCCGGCCCCUCGGACCGGGACGUGCCGCUCGGUCGCGGCGAGGCGGCGGAGAGGGACGGCGGCGUGGGCCGGUCCGAGGAGGCGGCCGAGCUACUUCGGUCCGAACUGGAGCUCGUCGAGUCUCAGCUGAUCCCCUUCCAGAAACUUCCGCAGGCCAAACAGGAGACGGUACAAGAGGAGUUGGAGCGACAGCCGAGCGAGCAGCGAGGCUCGACGCGGGCCGCGGCCGGACUCGCCCCCCGAGGAGCCGAAGAGGCGCCGGCGUCGCCACGGAGGUCUCCCGCUGAGGACGCGGCGGCGGGGCGGUCGGGCCUUCGCCGCGGGUUGCCGGAGCUGGAGGACGGCUGGAGGCGGCCGGCGGAUUCUCAGGUGACAAAAUCGUCCGGCGCCGACGAAGCCGGGGGAUGUCCGAUCGCCUCCGACGACCUCGAGGAGCCUCGAGCUCGCGUCGGACGCCUGGCGCAGCGGCGGGAGGACGAGGAGGAGGAUCCGAGGGGCGGCGAGGAAACGGCCGCGCACUGCAAGCAUUUGGCGCGCAGCCUGACGAGUCUGGCCGGUGUCGGCCGCGAACGUUUGGCGCGGUCGCCGCGGCUCCGCAGCGCGACCGGCCUGAGCCAGCAACUCGCCGCUCACACGAAGUUCUUCCACUUCCUGCACCAACAUCUGCACGUCCUGCACUUCCUGAGCUGCAGAGUUCCCGAGAGCGCCCUCCCCAUCCGGGCUCUGCAGGAGGAGAUGCUCUCCCUGCAGACGCAGGCGCUCCACACGGGCGUCCGCAUGGAAGAAAUCCUUCAGAGGUGGCGGGAGUGGGAGGAAGACGCCGCCCGCUGCCGGUCGCUGCUGACGAGCGUGGAGACGGCACUUUCCGGCGGGCGCGUCCGCGCACCGGCGUCCCAGGAUGCGUCUCGCAUACUGGAUGAGAACGCGGCACAGCUGGCUUGUACGCUGGAGGCGGGGCUUCGGCUGCAGCGGGCCGGCUGCACCCGAGUGGGCGUGGCCUGCGGGGAUUUGGAGGCUCGCUGGACUCGACUCAACAAAACGUUCAAGCGACAGAAUGCAGACAUGGAGAGGAAGACAAAACUCAGCCACAGUUUCACACACGACUCCACUGCCCUCAGUGAGUGGAUGGGCGUGGCCAGAGAGCUGAUUGACAGGUGGAGUCUUCUGACGGUCUCGGCCACUGAGGACGCUGCAGGUGGCGAGCAGAGGCGGGAGGAAUACCGUCGCUUUGUGGCCCUGAUCAAGGAUCUUGAGGACCAAAGCAGACUCAAAGAAGCUGUCACCUCCCAGUUGGGGGAGCUGAGGGGAAUUGACCGAGACUUGGGAGAAGAUCCCGAGGAUGGAUCGUCCCUGUGCGAGACCCCGGACAAGGAUCUCGAUUGCAUGAGCGAACGUCUUGGACGCUUGAAGCGCGACUGGUCAUCUCUGCUGGCAGACGUUCCGACGGUCCAAAACGCUCUGCACAAGUGGUGGAUGGAGACGUUGAGCCAGCAGGAGGCGCUGCAGGAGCUGCAGGCCUGGUUGACGGACUCGGAGUCUCGACUAGAAGAGCGAAGACGGCGUGUGGGUCGAAACUCGUGCACCGCCGCCGACCUCUGGCUGCUCCUCAAGUACUACAAGGAGUGUCGUGCGGAGAUGUCGGCGCAUCGGGCCACCCUGGACCACGCUAGCCAACCUGGGCAGACGUGUAGUACCGGGAAGGGCCCGGGGGGGCGCUACGACGCCAACCGGCUGGCGGAGGACCAGGGAAGCCUCAAGCGGCGCUGGCUCAUGAUGCAAACGACUCUCGACGUUCAGAUUGGCGAGCUGGAGGAGGACUUGAGGGUCAGGACGGAGCAGGAAGUUGGUCUUGAGCGCGUUGACGCCUGGAUGGUGGAUCAGAAACAGAGUCUGGACUCGACCCGGGCACCCCGCAGCCUGGCCGACCUUCAGCGGGACCCCCACCAGGAUCUUGAUGAGCAAAUCCAGAUGAGACAGGUCGCUCUGCAGGAGCUAGCAGACCAACAUGGCCGGCGAGGAGGUGGUGGAGCCUUCAGGUGUCACAUUGACCAGUCCAGAGCGGCGUGCGUGGAGCUAGCACAGCAGAACAAGGCGGUCACGAGUCACCUUAUGGCGACGAGGCAGCUGUGGCUUAGCUUGGACAUGAAAGUGGACGACAUGACGCAGAGACGAGUGAGGACGUCUCAGAUGUUGGGUCUUCUCCGCGGUCAGAGCCUCUCGCUGCAGGCCCACAAAGAUCUCCAAUGUCAGCUGCAGAGUCUUCAUGAAGACAUGAAGGCUUCAGAGUCUGACUGGGACCGUCUCCAUCAAACCUUUGCGGCUCUCAAAGACCGAGUACACCCGGACGCAGCAAACAUGCUCGCUCAGCGCAUCGACACACAAACUCACAGCUGGUCUGUCGUGCGUUCCUGUUUGGACCAGCACCUCCAGAGGAGCCUUGUCCGGCAGACGGUGUGGGAGGUUCACACCCUAAGUGUAGCCGUCCUGUGGGAGCGCGUGAAAGAGCUAAAGAGGGACGCCGCAUCCGUCCCCAACUGGGACGGCGCAGCGUGCCAACAUCUGGACGACCUCAACCAGGACUUGCAGAAACUUCAAACUCUGCAGGAGAGAGUAGACUCUUUCCAGUGUGACUUGCAAGGGGUGCUGGAGGCCUCCAAGGACCUGAUUGGUCAGCUGGAGCCCUCUGUGGCUGCUCUGGUCCAAUCGGAGAGCAGGUUGCUGUCUCGUGCCGCCCUUCGGCUUGGACACACGCUGGCUGAGAAACGGGACGAACUGCAGGAGGAGCUGCAGACGCUGCAGGAGGUCAGCAGCCUCCUGGACACUCUGGAGGCCACACUGGAGAGCUGGAUGGAGCGUCUGGAGCACGCGGCGCAGCACACCGUCGAGCAGAAUGCCGUCGAGCAGAACGCCGUCGAGCAGAACGCCGUCGAGCAGAACGCCGUCGAACAGCGCGUCCUGCUGGACCCGUGCGCUCUGGCCGCCGACCUGGACGUACUCAACGAGCUGAGUCGUGGCCUGACGUUGAACGACGGCGUCGCGCGACGCCUGAGGCGCCUGAACCGACGAUGGAGCGACGCCUCCGCCAGAGCCCAGGAAGCCUGCAGUGAGCUGCAGGCGGAGGCGUUGCGCCAUCAGAGCUUCGAGCAAAAGUGCGAGAGCUGGAUGUCGUUCUUGCAGAGGAUGGAGGAGCGUGUGGCCGUGGACGUGUCGGGAUCGUACACCGGGCUCAGGCAGCAGCUGCGCGCUCACAAGCGCUUCCAGGCGGAGAUGUCCAUGGGCCACCAGAUCCUUCAUUCCGUCAUCUCCGACGCGCUUCGCCUACUGCAGAGAGGAGACGUGGACGAUAGGAGCGACUUCAUCCUGAAGCUGACGCAGCUGCGCGAGCAGUGGCGCGGCGCGGCCCAGGGGGCCGAGCGGCAGCGCUCCCUGGUGGAGGGCCCGGUCCAGCGGUGGCACCAGUACCGCCGCGGCCUCCGCAAGCUCCGGCGCUUCCUGGCCCACACGCAGAACCUCCUGCCGGGAGCCGGGCCCGGCGGCCUGCGGACCCUACGGCGAUCUCUGGGACAGCUGCAGCACACGCAGCUGCUCUUCCGGCGCCAUCAGAGCAGCUUCAUCCACACGCUGGAGCUGGGCCGCCAGCUCUUCUCCGCAGCUGGCGAGCGGGACGCCCAGGACGCCAUCCGGGCCGAGCUGGCGACGCUGCAGGACGACUGGGAGCGCCUGCGCGGCGCGCUGGCCCGCCGCCUGGACCUCACCCGGGCCGUCGUGGAGAACUGGGAUCGCUGCGAGGCCGGACUGGAGGACAAAAUGCUGCUGCUGAAGGACAUGAAGACCAGGCUCAACCAGUCAAUGCCAGAGUGCGGCACGCACGGCGACCAGGAGAAGGAGGAGGACGGUCUGGAGGACGGUCUGGAGGACGCUCUGCGGGACUGGGCCCGCAGCCUGAGCCGGCUGAGCGCCAUGAAGACGGACCUGAGUCAGUACGUGAUGGCCGACGACGUCCUGGUUCUACACGAGCGCGUCCGACACCUUGACUGCCACUGGGAGGAGCUGUGCCUCAAGGUGUCCCUUCGCAAGCAGGAAAUCGGCGACCGGCUGAAUGCGUGGAUGAUGUUCAAGGAGAAAAAUGCCGAGCUGUGCGACUGGCUCACGCACAUGGAGAACAAGAUGGCCGACGAGUCCCACCUCAACAUCGAGGAGAUGGUGGAGAAGCUCAAGAAGGACUGCAUGGAGGAGAUGAACCUGUUCAGCGAGAACAAAAGUCACCUGAAGCAGCUGGGAGAGCAAAUCAUCGACGCCAGCAACAAGACCAAAGAGAGCGACGUCAACGACACCCUCUACCACGUCAACGACCGAUGGCAGCACCUGUUCCACCACAUCGAGGCCAGGGUGCGGAAGCUGAAGGAGACGCUGGCAACGGUGCAGCAGCUGGACAACGACAUGAACGAGCUGCGCACGUGGUUGGCACGCGUGGAGGCCCAACUGGCCCAGCCGCCCGUCUACCACGUCUGCCACGCCGACGACAUUCACCACAAGCUGGAGCGGCAGCAGGAGGUGCAGCGCGACAUCGACGACCACGCGGCAACGGUGGCUUCGGUGGCGAGGUCGUGCGACGUCCUACUGCGCGACGCCGACGCCUGCGGCGGCGAGUCGGAACGCGAUGCCAUCCUGCAGGCCGCUAGCAGUCUGGACCGACGCUGGAGGAACAUCUGCGCCAUGGCCCUGGAGAGGAGGAUGAGGAUCGAGGAGACGUGGCGUCUGUGGUGCAAGUUCCUGGACGACUUGGCUCGCUUCGAGGACUGGCUGAAGGUGGCCGAGCUGACGGCGGCCAAUCCCGACUCUGCCGACGUCCUCUACACCAGUGCCAAGGAGGAGCUCAAGAAAUUUGAGGCCUUCCAGCGCCAGGUGCACGAGCGUUUGACCCAGAUGGAGCUGGUCAACAAGCAGUACCGCCGGCUGGCCCGCGAGAACCGGACAGACGCCGCCGGCGACCUCCGCCUGAGGGUCGACCGGGGCAACCGGCGAUGGGAUGGCCUCCGGAGACGAGUGGCCGCCGUUCUGCGACGACUCAAGCACUUCACGUCGCAGAGAGAAGAUUUUGAGGGCACUCGCGAGGGAAUCCUAAUGUGGCUGACUGAGAUGGACCUGCAGCUCACCGACGUGGAGCACUUCUCCGAGAGCGACAUGGAGGACAAAAUGAGGCAGAUGAAGGCCUUCCAGCAUGAGAUUACGCUCAAUGCCAACAAGAUCGACGCCCUCAUCGUGUUUGGCGAGAACCUGAUUCAGAAGAGCGCUCCUCUGGACGCGGCGCUCAUCGAGGAAGAGCUGGAGGAACUGCACUCGUAUUGCCAGGAAGUGUUUGGCCGUGUGGCACGUUUUCAUCAUCGGCUUGUCUGCCGCCGCCCAGUUGAGGUGCUGGAGGAGGAACUGUCUGACCAGGAGAACCCUGCCAAAGCGAGCGGCGCGGUGUCUUCGUGGAGGGACUCAUUCAAGAAGGACGGCGCCGAACGCCAGACCUCGUGCCAGCUCCUGGUGCCGCCUCUGGAACAUUCUGGAAGAGAGACGCCCGUCAGCGUGGACUCCAUCCCGCUGGAGUGGGACCACACGGUGGACGUGGGAGGGUCCUCAUCACAAGAAGACGACGAGGACACCGAGGACGUCGCAUUCUUCAGCACCCUGUCAGUGAAGUCCGCGAGUGACACGCCAAGCUGGCAUCGUCCUGCCUCCCCGCUGAGGACGGCGCUUAGCCGACAUGUCUGCAGUACUUCAAUCCACCAGCAGGGCUACGUGAAGCUGAUGUCCGAGUGCAGCGGAAGCAUCGAUGACGUCAAGCGAGUCAAGUUGCUCCUUGACGACGAGCAGAAAGUGGAAGGUCCGCUUCGAGCGAAUCUACCGGGUUUGACCAGUGGCACCACGCCUAAACACACGGGAACGGGUGUGAUCGAGCGCUGGGAGGUAGUGCAGGCCCAGAAGGUCCAGCAGGAGACGGAGGUCCAUCAGAACCCGCAGCAAUGGCACCAGUUCAGCACUGACCUCAGUGACGUCACUUCCUGGCUGAACAGGAAGCUCCCCGAUCUGGAGGCGCUGCAGACGAUCCCGCCCUCCACCGGCGUCAGACACUUUGAAGACAACGUCAGGACGCUCAAGGAGAUGCAGCGGGCAUUCUGCCUGCACAAGCGCUCGAUGAUCUCGGUCAACCUGGCCAGUCGUCACUUCCUGCUCGCCGGUCGCGACGACGACAGCGAGCAGCUAAAGGAGCUGAAAGUGGGGCUUAGCUCGGCUAAUCACAGCUGGAUGCGAGCCUGCGGCGCUCUGGAGCGCUGGGAGGCGGGGCUUCACGCCGCGCUCAUGCAGUGUCAGGAGUUCCACGAGUCGCUGCAUUCGUUGCUUUUGUGGCUCGCUCAAGUUGAGCAAAAACUAAGCGAGAUAAGCGAGCGGCGCCUGUCACCCUCUUACGCCGCCCUGCUGGAGCAACGGGAUGAGCUGCAGGGGUUGCAGGAGGGACUGCAGGAGCGCCAGGAGGCUGUGGCGUCGCUUCACGCCGUCGGCACGCAGCUCCUCCUGGAGGCGGGCCGGGACCAUGAGGAUUGCGUGCAAGCCGAGGAGAAAGUUCAUGUGGUCAGCAACAAGAUGAAACUGCUCCUCAGGCACGUCCACGAACGCCUCAGUGACCUGAACCAAGACCUCAACACCCUCAAACACCACAAACAGGAAGAGGAGGAGCCAAUAGAUGACCCACAGGCAGACGUGCGAAGAAGGGGUGAGGUCGCCGAGGUCGCGGCCCCCUCCCGCCGCCGGCCUCUCCUGUACCGCGUGGUGCGGGCGGCGUUCCCGCUGCAUGUCUUGUUGGCGCUGGUGCUGGCGUUGGCGUGCUUCGUGGCGGCACCCGCGCAAGAGCCAUCCUACUACAGCUGCUCGCUCACCAACAACUUUGCGCGGUCCUUCUACCCCAUGCUGCGCUACACCAAUGGACCCCCGCCCACGUGACGACAACCCACCCCCCGCCAUGUGUGCGCGUGUGUAUUUAAGAAGGGUUUUUGUUUACUUCAAAGCCAGAAGCAAAGACACUCCACUAUUUUCUAGUUGGCUUUUCAUAACAAACGUAACGCAAAUGGGUUGAUUUUGUCCAAAAGGGUAAAUUUUUUUUUUUUUUUAAUUGAAAAAGUUUGUGGACUUCAAAUUGUUAAAUCUUGUACAUAAUGCCAUUUAUCAUGUUCCCAUACAACGUAAACACACUCUUCUUAUAACAUUGUGAAAAUUUUCGAGCCCAAAACGGCUUUUUCCCCUCAGAAUAUAAAAACUUUUGCCACUUUUUCCGCAAUAUUUUGCAACGUUUUUUGCAACAUUACGACAAUUGCCGUAACAUUCGGACAUUGGUCUUGUUGUAUUCCAACUUGAUUUCAUCAUCUCACAAAAAUUCUUCUUUAUUACAACUUUAUUCUCAGAACAUUGCGACUUUCAAACUGAAAAUAAGACAUUUUUGACAGACCAUAAUUAUAUAAUCUCUAAAUAUUAAUAACUAUAUUCUCGUGUUGUCUUUUUCUCAACUCUCUCAUUUUUACUUUAUUCUCUUUUAUCAAAAAAACCCUUCAGAACAUUAGGACUCCUUUUUCAAAAUCAACUUCAGUCUUGAGUGGGACACCCUUGUAAAAGAGAUUUAUAAGAUUUUUAAAUGAAGGUUAACUUUUUGAAAACACACUUUGCGUGAACGACGAAUAUAGUGGUGCAACUAUUUUAGCAUCAGCCUUUGAGGCCCUCUGCAAAAUGGACAAAAACAAUGGAAUAUUUUCAAUGGAUUUUUUUAUCUUUGCUUCCAUUGAUGACUUUGGGGGAAACAAUUGGUUAGCUGUGUUUUAUUUUUGUGUGUGUCAGAAGUUGUAGGAAACAUAAUUGGUUUACUGUGUUUUAUUUGUGUGUGUGUCAGAAGUUGGGGGAAACAUAAUUGGUUUGCUGUGUUAUAUUUUUGUGUGUGUCAGAAGUAGGACGCUAAUGGACAGCGUUAGCUAAACAAGCGAGCGUAUUGACGAAAAAAUAAUAAUUUGCAUUGUAUUGCUUUUUGUUUUUGCCAGGAAAUGACAAAACAUUUGUAGCUGCUAGCUAGCUAGCUAACUAGCUUCAACCUACAAAUGACAAAACGCUACAAGGUCAAAUCCUCUUCAGCAACAAAUGUAGUUCAGCAUCUCGAUUGAUAUAAAACACCAUUUGAGUAAAGUAUUGGACCCCGUUAUACAAUUUUUGUUUUUUGAUUUUGACAAGCUUGUCAUGUGCCGUGAUUUGCACUUUGCGCCCUCCGGUGGCAAGAACACAAACAGCACAAUAUUUUCAAAGAAUUGUGUGUGCAGGUUGACUGUGCAACACAACAUAUGAGUGUGGACCGUUUAUUUGUCUGAUUUCUGGAAUUAUGUACGCAGACAUUGUCAAUAAACGCUUCAUCAGUGUA